CGCGUCAUGGCCACGUGACCCGCGCCGGCCGCUCACGUCUAGUCGCCCCGGCAACAGCCUUUCCCACGCACCGCGUCUCCUGUUUCCCACCGGAAAUAGGUCCCUGCUCGCCCACCGCCCAGGAUUCGCAAGCUACGCGCCCUCGAGUUGAGGAAGUUCCUACCAGUGUGUGCGUUUAUUGGGAGACAUCUUCUCUGAUAGGGUUGUUACCGCAUAUACCGAGAUUCCGUAGAACUGCAUAUGACUCAAUUUUCGGCGCUCGUUUGGACCGUCACAAUCAGAGAUGGCAGCAGAGCCGGCAACAGCGCAAGCUCUGGAGUCUUGGUCCUCUCAUCCGGUCUACGCAAGAUACUGGCAACAUUACCAUCAAGCGAUGGCGUGGAUGCGCAGCCACCAGAAUGCCUAUCGGAAGGCCAUGAAAUCUUUCUGCACUUCCCCGUGGUACUUUUCUGCCAUGGGCCUUCCCCAGAGCGCUUAUGCUAAGAAGGGCAGAAGGCCUCAGUCCUGCUACAAGCGUCCCCCAGCCUCCCGGGACUCCCACCACCGUCAUUCACGUGCUGGCGGGCGUGGACCACAUCCACGCGGCAGAGAACAGCCAGCUUGGUCCGCAGAGGAGGAGAAGGAGAAAGAGAGCGAGUCCGACGAUGGCGGCAUAGAAUGCGACGUGAGCAACAUGGAGAUCACGGAGGAGCUACGCCAGUACUUCGCCCAGACCGAGAGGCACCAGGAGGAGCGCCGGCGACAGCAGCAGCUGGACGCGGCGCGCCUGGAAGACUACGUGAACGCGGACCACGACCUGUACCGCGACACGCGCCGCCGCUCCGCGCUGCCCCCGGCUGAGCGGCCCGGCGAGCGGCGCCGGGCCGAGAUGCGGCACCUGUACGGGCCCAGCGCCGCCAAGAUCCAGGCCAUGGAGGCGGCCGUGCAGCUCAGCUUCGACAAGCACUGCGACCGCAAGCAGCCGAAGUACUGGCCAGUCAUCCCGCUCAAGUUCUGAGCCGCGCCCCUUCCUCUCGCGCUCCCCCUCUCCCCCUCUCCCCCUCUCCCCCUCUCCCCCUC